GGGACAGAAACAAACGUCGCCUGGCGCUGGCUCGGCUCUGGAGCUCAAGCCCAUCCUCUUCGCUGUGCUCGUGCCGUCUCUUUCCCCAGCUUUCAGUGCUUUAGGCAGGUGACAGCAGGGACAUGUCUCGGGAGCUUCAGGACGUGGACCUGGCUGAAGUGAAGCCUCUGGUGGAGAAAGGGGAGACCAUCACUGGCCUCCUGCAUGAGUUUGAUGUCCAGGAGCAGGACAUCGAGACGUUACAUGGCUCUCUGCACGUCACCCUAUGCGGGUCCCCCAAGGGAAAUCGGCCUGUCAUCCUCACAUACCAUGACAUUGGCAUGAACCACAAAACCUGCUACAACCCCCUCUUCAACUCUGAGGACAUGCAGGAGAUCACCCAGCACUUUGCCGUGUGCCAUGUGGAUGCCCCGGGCCAGCAGGAUGGUGCUCCGUCCUUCCCAGCGGGGUACAUGUACCCUUCCAUGGAUCAGCUGGCCGAGAUGCUUCCAGGAGUCCUCCUCCAGUUUGGGCUGAAAAGCGUCAUUGGCAUGGGCACGGGCGCCGGCGCCUACAUCCUCAGCCGCUUUGCUCUGAACAACCCAGAAAUGGUGGAGGGCCUCGUCCUUAUCAACGUGAACCCUUGUGCCGAAGGCUGGAUGGACUGGGCUGCUUCCAAGAUCUCCGGAUGGACCCAGGCCCUGCCGGACAUGGUGGUGUCGCACCUCUUUGGGAAGGAGGAGUUGCACAAUAAUGUGGAGGUGGUGCACACCUACCGCCAGCACAUCCUCAAUGACAUGAACCCGGGCAACCUGCACCUGUUCAUCAAUGCUUACAACAGCCGGCGGGACCUGGAGAUCGAGCGGCCCGUACCGGGCGCCCACAGCGGGACUCUACAGUGCCCUGCUCUGCUGGUGGUCGGGGACAGCUCUCCUGCGGUGGACGCCGUGGUGGAGUGCAACUCGAAACUGGACCCCACGAAGACCACUCUGCUCAAGAUGGCGGACUGUGGCGGUCUCCCACAGAUCUCCCAGCCAGCCAAGCUCGCUGAGGCCUUCAAGUACUUCGUGCAGGGCAUGGGAUACAUGCCCUCUGCCAGCAUGACCCGCCUGAUGAGGUCCCGCACAGCCUCUGGCUCCAGUGUCACAUCCCAGGAAGGUUCCCGCAGCCGCUCCCACACCAGCGAGGGCCCUCGCAGCCGCUCCCACACCAGCGAAGGCCCCCGCAGCCGCUCCCACACCAGCGAGGGAGCCCACCUGGACAUCACCCCCAACUCCGGGGCCAGCGGGAACAACGCCGGGCCCAAGUCCAUGGAGGUGUCCUGCUAGGAAGCCUAUGCCGGCACUCCGGACUCGUAUCUCUGUAAUGGCCUCUCCUCCCAUCUUCCCUGCCCAGGCCUGCCACCCUGCGCUAACGUGGUAUUAAUCCGAAGCUUAUUUUGAAAGCGUGAGCUCUGACCAUGUACAGCUUGGGUCUGUCCAGGGCCCCUUGUGGAACGAGGGUGAGGUGGCUGGGGACCAAAGGACAGCAGCAGCUCAGUGUCCUGUUUUCAUUAACUCAUGGCCUGGUUGCCAUUCUCUUACCUGUUCUCAGAGACACCAAACUGCCAAAAGCUAGAAACAGAGUAGCACACACUUCCCCAUCCUGGCUCAGCAGCCUGAGGCGCUGGCCUUUUGCCAGCCCACCGACUUCCUGUUUCCUCUCCAACUGAAGCCAAGCUGACUGGGUUCCUGUAGGGAAACCAUCUCUGACUGGGGAUUGGGGAGGGCCAGAGCAGUGAAGUGUGGGUGCAUCAUUUAAGUAUGUAAAACAGGAAGAGGGAAGGCAGAAGUGGAAUUGACAUGGAGCCUAGAAGCAUUUGGAAAACCAAAUCCACGUAGCUCACUUUCUCCAAAUCAGUUUUGAAAGCUGGUGCAUAUGUGAACUUUUGAGUGCCGGAGCACAUGUGCCUGUUUUUCUGGCAUCUUUUAACAUACAAUGAAAUCAGGCAGCAUGCUCUGCCAGCUUCACAAAAAGACAGCUUUGGCAGACAUUGGUGUCACAGUGUCGUAAGGCUUUAGAUGUGCUGUUGGCCUCCUCCACUGCCCCUACCUCCCACCCCACAUCCUGAAGUGAGUGGUUAGCUUUGUCCUCGGGGAAGAUCGGUAGAUUUCUAGUGGCAUUCUUUGAAAUGGAGCAAGCAGCAUUCCAGCCAGCUGAGAUGAGUCUGUGCAGGGAAGCAGGAAAUGGGGCUGGGAGUGGGAUCCGGAUGACCAGACUAAGUGCUUUCCAGAGAAUCCAGUAUAAUGGUGAUUAUUUCAGUGGGCCCCACCCUGUUUCCCAGGAAUCUUGUGUGACUGGGUUAAAUCCGGGCUCCCCUGGUUCUCUGCUGAGGUUGAUUUUGAACUUGAUUGCUGAAUGUCUCUGACCCAAGACUUACUGGGUCUUCAGAUACACUUUUUUGGUCUUACAUAAGGAAUGGGAAUUUGCAUGGGUCAUGGGCUGAGGAAAUGUGAGGGUCCUGGGAUCUGUAUUCCCUGUGAAUACC